AGCCUUACCAACAGUUGGUCGCCGUCGUCGUCGCUGCAGCAGGGAAAUAGGCAAACACUCGAGUCAAGAGUAGCGAGGUGGAGGCGAAGCGGUCGCUUGAUCUCGAAAACCCUAGCAGCAAUGGCGAAGGCGUGGGGCUUGGUGCUGCUGCUUGCCUUGGUCUCCCUGCAUCCUUUCCUCCCUCUGGUCUCGUCCUUCUCCCCCGAUAGCCCCACCGACCGCCGCCUCCUCGUCCUUGUUGACGAUUUCGCGAUCCGUUCCUCCCACUCCCUCUUCUUCAACUCCCUCCGGUCGAGAGGUUUCAACCUCGAGUUCAGGCUCGCCGACGACCCCAAGCUCGCGCUGCAGAGGUAUGGGCAGUACCUCUACGACGGGCUCGUCCUAUUCUCGCCCUCCGCGCAGAGAUUAGGCGGAUCCUUGGAUGUGGCCGCUGUUCUGGACUUCGUUGAUUCCGGUCAUGAUCUAAUACUUGCUGCGGAUGUUGGAGCCUCUGAUCUGAUUCGUGAUAUUGCAACUGAAUGUGGGGCAGAUUUUGAUGAGGAUCCUUCUGCUGUUGUCAUUGACCACACCGGUUAUGCUGUCUCUGAGACCGAAGGGGAUCACACUCUGAUUGCAGGCGAUGAUUUUAUUCAGUCGAAAGUAAUAUUGGGCGAUAAAAAGAUCAAGGCCGCUGUACUAUUUCGAGGAGUUGGUCAUUCUCUGAAUGCAGCCAAUAGUCAUAUUUUGAAAGUUCUUACUGCAUCGCCAUCUGCAUACUCGGCAAACCCAAACACCAAGUUGUCAUCUCCUCCUACUCUCACAGGAUCUGCCAUUUCAUUGGUUUCUGUUGUGCAGGCAAGAAAUAAUGCUCGCAUCCUAAUCUCUGGGUCUUUGGAUCUCUUCAGCAACCGCUUGUUCAGAGCAGGUGUGCAGAAGGCUGGAAGCUCGAUUAAGCAUGAAAGCUCUGGAAAUCAGCAAUUCGUGACUGAACUCAGCAAGUGGGUUUUCCAUGAAAGAGGCCACCUGAAGGCUGUAAAUGUUAGGCACAACAAAGUUGAGGAAAAGGAUGAGCCCUCUAUGUACAGAAUCAGCGAUGACUUGGAAUACUCUGUGGAGAUCUAUGAGUGGACUGGGCAGAGUUGGAUCCCUUAUGUAGCUGAUGAUGUGCAAGUGCAGUUUUACAUGAUGAGCCCCUAUGUAUUGAAGACCUUGUCCAACAACAAGAAGGGUCUAUUCUAUACUUCAUUCCGAGUUCCAGAUGUUUAUGGAGUAUUCCAGUUCAAGAUCGAGUAUCAAAGACUUGGAUAUACAAGCGUAUCUCUUUCUAAGCAGAUUCCAGUUCGACCAUUCAGGCACAAUGAAUAUGAGAGGUUUAUACCUGCAGCUUUUCCAUAUUAUGGAGCAUCAUUUUCGACUAUGGCAGCCUUCUUCAUUUUCAGUGUCGUCUAUCUGUACAACAAGUAGCUUGCUAACCAAGUACAAGUAGUUGCUGCUAGAUAUAACGGGAUCUGUGAGAUUGUAGAAUGUAUCCGAUAUUGCACUAAGCAUAAAUUGCAGUUUUGGACUAAAUUUUUUCAUCCGUUCAAGUGAGAUUUACCUA